CGAGAGGGCCGCCGCCGCCGCGCAGUCCUCCGGUGCUCCGAGCCCCGUCUGCUGGUGCGUGCUCGCGGGCGGGCGGCGGGCCCGGCGGCCGAGCCCAUGCAGCCGCGCAGCGAGCGCCCGGCCGGCAGGACGCAGAGCCCGGAGCGCGGCAGCCCGGGACCCGGGCCCGAAGCGCCGCCGCCGCCGCCGCAGCAGCAGCAGCAGCAGCAGCCGCCGCCGGCCCCCGAGGCGGAGCGGCCCCGUCCCCGGCAGGCCUGGCCCACAGCCCCCAUGGAGGGCCCGGUGCAGCUGCUGAGCCGCGAGGGCCACACCGUGUCCCACAACUCCAAGCGACACUACCAUGACGCCUUCGUGGCCAUGAGCCGCAUGCGGCAGCGCGGUCUCCUCUGUGACAUCGUCCUGCACGUGGCCGCCAAGGAGAUCCGGGCGCACAAGGUGGUGCUGGCCUCCUGCAGCCCGUACUUCCACGCCAUGUUCACAAAUGAGAUGAGCGAGAGCCGGCAGACUCACGUCACUCUGCACGACAUUGACCCUCAGGCUUUGGACCAGCUGGUGCAGUUCGCUUACACGGCGGAGAUAGUGGUGGGGGAAGGCAACGUGCAGACCCUGCUCCCAGCAGCCAGCCUCUUGCAGCUGAAUGGUGUCCGUGACGCCUGCUGCAAGUUCCUGCUGAGUCAGCUGGACCCCGCCAACUGCCUGGGCAUCCGGGGCUUUGCUGACACGCACGCAUGCAGCGACCUGCUCAAGGCGGCCCACAGGUACGUGCUGCAGCACUUUGUGGACGUGGCCAAGACCGAGGAGUUCAUGCUGUUGCCACUGAAGCAGGUGCUGGAACUGGUCUCUAGUGACAGCCUGAACGUGCCUUCCGAGGAGGAUGUCUACCGUGCAGUCCUGAGCUGGGUCAAGCAUGAUGUGGACACGCGGAGGCAGCACGUGCCCCGGCUGAUGAAGUGUGUGCGCCUGCCCCUGCUCAGCCGGGACUUCCUGCUUGGCCAUGUGGAUGCAGAGAGCCUGGUGCGACACCACCCUGACUGCAAGGACCUGCUCAUCGAGGCCCUCAAGUUCCACCUGCUGCCUGAGCAGAGAGGUGUGCUAGGUACUAGCCGCACCCGGCCUCGGCGCUGUGAGGGGGCCGGCCCCGUGCUCUUCGCUGUGGGUGGGGGGAGCCUGUUUGCCAUCCACGGGGACUGUGAAGCAUACGACACCCGUACUGAUCGCUGGCACGUGGUGGCCUCUAUGUCCACUCGCCGGGCACGGGUGGGCGUGGCCGCCGUUGGAAACCGGCUCUAUGCAGUGGGCGGUUACGACGGAACUUCAGACCUGGCGACUGUCGAGUCCUAUGACCCCGUGGGCAACACCUGGCAGCCCGAGGUGUCCCUGGGCACGAGGCGCAGCUGCCUGGGCGUAGCUGCCCUGCACGGGCUCCUGUAUGCAGCCGGUGGCUAUGAUGGUGCCUCCUGCCUCAACAGUGCUGAGCGUUAUGACCCCCUGACGGGAACCUGGACGUCCAUUGCUGCCAUGAGCACCCGGAGGCGAUACGUGCGCGUGGCCACACUGGAUGGGACCCUGUACGCCGUGGGCGGUUACGACAGCUCGUCACACCUGGCCACCGUGGAGAAGUACGAGCCCCAGGUGAACGCGUGGACGCCUGUGGCCUCCAUGCUGAGUCGGCGCAGCUCCGCAGGCGUGGCCGUACUGGAGGGCGUCCUCUACGUGGCCGGGGGCAACGAUGGCACCAGCUGCCUGAACUCUGUGGAGAGAUACAGCCCCAAGGCGGGCUCCUGGGAGAGCGUGGCGCCCAUGAACAUCCGAAGGAGUACUCAUGACCUGGUCGCCAUGGACGGCUGGCUGUACGCGGUGGGCGGCAACGACGGCAGCUCCAGCCUCAACUCCAUCGAGAAGUACAACCCCAGGACCAAUAAGUGGGUGGCCGCCUCCUGCAUGUUCACUCGCCGCAGCAGUGUGGGCGUGGCCGUGCUGGAGCUGCUCAACUUCCCGCCGCCCUCCUCACCCACACUGUCCGUGUCGUCCACCAGCCUCUGACCCUGCGCACCCUCGGAGGCCGGGCCCACUGCCUCCCACAUGCCUUAAGCCUGCGGGGCAGCGCCCCCCCGCCCCCCCAGGGACAUUCUGCAUCGUCCGUCCGUGUCUCUGCGUCCACUCCUUGGUGUUGUGUGUCCUUUAUUUAUUUCCUCUGUGAUUCUGU